AAACACAGUGAUGACCUGCGGCAUACAAAGACUGAGAUCUCCAAGAUGAACCGGAACAUCAGCUGGCUCCAGGCUGAGAUUGAGGGUCUCAAAGGCCAGAAGGCUUCCCUGGAGGCCGCCGUCGCAGAUGCUGAGCAGCGUGGGGAGCUGGCCAUUAAGGAUGCCAACGCCAAGCUGUCCGAGCUGGAGGCCGCCCUGCAGCGGGCCAAGCAAGACAUGGCAUGGCAGUUGCAUGAGUACCAGGAGCUGAUGAACAUCAAGCUGGCCCUGGACUUGGAGAUCGCCACCUACAGGAAGCUGCUGGAGGGCAAGGACAGCCGGCUGGAGUCUGGGAUGCAGAACAUGAGUAUCCAUACGAAGACCACCAGCAGCUAUGCAGGUGGUCUGAGCUCGGCCUAUGGGGGCCUCACAAGCCCCAGCCUCAGCUACGGCCUGGGCUCCAGCUUUGGCUCUGGCGUGGGCUCCAGCUCCUUCAGCCACAGCAGCUCCACCAGGGCCGUGGUUGUGAAGAAGAUAGAGACCCGCAAUGGGAAGCUGGUGUCCGAGUCUUCUGACGUCCUGCGCAAGUGA